GGAGUAACGGGCAACCUAUGCAACAAAAGCUGCUGCAGAGACGAGCGACUGUCCGACCGCUCAGCGGACGCAAGCACGGGGCCAGCGGCUGACACAACCCGAUGAGGUACGACUGCAGGACUUAAAAUUGCAGGGUGGACCAAACCGUCAACGUCUCGACGACAUUUAUGAAGCUUUCAAGGCCUUUUGAUUGAUCAGCCAAUCGAUGGGGAUUUUCAGAAGAGCUCCGCCUACCUUUGCUACCUGCCUUCCUCCUCCUCUCCCCUUCCCCAGUGGCCUCUUCCUCGCCCCCACCCACUCCGUCAUCCGGCCCUCAAUCCAGCCCUCCAUAGACAAAAUGACUCUGGAACUUACUGAAUGGUCUUCUAUAUGGAUUUUUACAGCUUGUAAUAGACAGUAGGAGAAAGAGGGAGAAACCUCAAUGACAAGAAAGCCAUAAACGCACACACACACACACACACACACACACACACACACACACACACACACACACACACACACACACACACACACACACAUACACAUACACAUACACAUAUACAUACACAAACGCACCUGACGCACACAAAGAAACACGCACAAAUUCACUCUUGGAAUGUACCGCACACUCUUCCUGUGAAAAUUCAACUGCUUCCUUUAUUUUUUUCUGGAUUUUCUACAAGCCUUUGGAAAGCUGAUUUGUUUUUUUUUGUUGCAACUCUGGGACAAAACAAAAAGCCGAGAGGAGGAUUAACACUUGUUGAAUUAGGCUGCAGUGUUUUGGGAGGACAACUUGUUUUUAGGACGACUUGUUCAGAGGACAACUGAUUGCUGAUUGUUUUGUUUUCUUGACAUUAACAUGCCAUAUACAUAGAUCAGUUUUUCCUUCAUUUACUUGGUGUCCAUAGCCUUAGUUAAGUUUUAGCAGGACCCAAGAUUAAUUGUAUUACCUUUAAUGCUGGGACACUAUCUGUUACAGGGUUUUUAGUUUUUUUGUUUUUAGCACUCCAUUUUUAAAAAAUAUAUAACAAGCAAGUUACUACCACAGGCUGCAAUUUGUAGGUUGUAAAGAUUGUAAUUAGGUCAGUACCAGUUUUAAAGUAACUACAAGUGACUUGAAACGACUUGAUAGUUUGAGGAAGGUGGGGAGAAGUACUGUAUUGUUUCUUCUUUGGUAGCUACAGGUAAUUUGUCAGCGUGUCAGAGGGGGUGCACUUGUUUCCUCAUUGCGUGCAUGCCCUCCAACAUGCCUCCCCAGAACACAGAGGCCGACGCCAUGCAGGUCGGACCUCUGGUGGGCGGGGUUAACGCCAAAAACACCACGGCAUCGGGCUCGGACGAGGACAAAGGAGGAGCAGGAGGCGAGACGGAUGGAUUGGGAGGCAGAGGUCGAGGAGGGGAGGAGUCAGUGAGCGAGGGAUCGGUCGAGGGCAUACCCCUGAAGAGAUGGGUGAUGCAUGGGGCUGUGAUGUUCGGCCGGGAGUUCUGCUACGCCAUGGAGACGGCACUGGUGACACCCGUACUGCUGCAGAUAGGUCUACCAGAGCAGUACUACAGUCUGACGUGGUUCCUCAGUCCGGUCCUCGGCCUCAUGUUCACUCCUCUGAUCGGCUCGGCCAGUGACCGCUGCACUCUGCGAUGGGGCAGGAGAAGACCGUUCAUCCUGGCUCUCUGUAUCGGGACAUUGAUAGGAGUGGCGCUGUUUCUGAAUGGAUCGCUGAUCGGUCUGUCGAUGGGGGACGAGCAGGGGAGACAACCAAUAGGUAUCGUUCUUACUGUGCUCGGGGUGGUGGUGUUGGACUUCAGUGCAGAUGCAACGGAGGGACCAAUCAGAGCGUACCUGCUAGACGUGGCGGACACGGAGGAACAAGACAUGGCGCUCAACAUCCAUGCCGCCUCAGCAGGUCUUGGUGGUGCGGUCGGCUACGCCCUCGGAGGUUUAGACUGGACCCACACCUUCCUUGGAGCAAUCUUCAAGUCCCAGGAGCAGAUCCUGUUCUUCUUCGCUGCCAUCCUCUUCUCCGUCUCUGUGUUGUUACAUCUCUUCAGCAUUGAGGAGCAGCUGUACUUGCCCCAACAUGACAGGCUGGAUCAGGAGAGUCCGGAUCGCACCAAACUGCAACCAUCAGCCAAUGGCAGGACCGGACUUCUCGCCCCCAAGCUGGAAUUGAUUGGAGAGGAUGAAACGAUUGACAGCUACGACCUCUAUGACCCCUACGGAGACAACCUGUCAGAGCAUGGGGAUAUGGACAUGGACUUCCUUGAGAUGGAGCUUGUGAGAAGUAAAAGUGACAGUGUUCUCGCCAUGGCAGACGCCACUCUCGACCACCUGGACCACGAUGCAUUGUACCUGUGCCACUUGGAGCCAUCCAUCUUUGCUGACCGCCUCUCACCCUAUCAGGGCUCGUCUCCUACGACCGGUAACUUCUUCAAUCAAAACCGCAGCACUCCACCACCCCGUUUUGGCAACAUCAGACGCAGCAGCAGUGCAGGAAGUCAGGACCUGCUCCAAACCAACAACCACCAAACACAGGCCACCAACCCCAGAAUUUCCCGCCUCUCGGCUUUCUUGCAGGAAAUGGAAAAUGACGACGGUCAGGAGGCGUUGCUGAACAACCAGCUCAAUGAGCAGAGGACACUGAACGGGCGGCUGUUAGCCGGUGUGACUAAUUCUGACAGAGCCAGCACCAACAAGCUGAGCUCUAAAGGACUGGCACAUCGUGCUGGAAUGGUCAAAGCUGCCAGUACUGGAGCCCCCAUGCGGCAGUCACGUCACCGUCACAUCUUCUACCGCCAGCCGUCCUGUACCUUCUCCUACUACGGUCGAGUGGGGAGCCAACGCUACCGCCGGGCCAACGGCGCCUAUCUCAUCAAGCCGUCUCGCAGCAUGAACGACCUUUACGAAGUGGAGUCCAGACACAGGAGGAGGCCAAGGCAGAAAAACAGACACCGCAGCGGAAACACUAACUCCUCCAGUGGGGAUACAGAGAGCGAGGAGGGAGAGGUUGAGACCACAGUGCGGCUGCUGUGGCUCUCCAUGCUGAAGAUGCCUCCGGAGCUGCUGCGACUGUGCGCCUGUCACCUGCUCACCUGGUUCUCCAUUAUUGCUGAGGCUGUCUUCUUCACUGACUUCAUGGGUCAAGUCAUCUACCAUGGAGAUCCUACUGCUCCUAUUAACUCUACUUUGUUGGAGGAUUAUCACAAAGGAGUUCAGAUGGGAUGUUGGGGACUGGUUAUAUAUGCCAUGACUGCUGCUACUUGCUCAGCUAUCCUUCAGAAGUACCUUGACAACUUUGACCUGAGCAUUAAGUACAUCUACAUCAUGGGAACACUUGCAUUUUCCAUAGGAACUGCUGUUAUGGCAAUCUUCCCUAAUGUCUACGUUUCAAUGGUGAUGAUCAGCAGUAUGGGCAUAAUCUCCAUGAGUAUCUCCUAUUGUCCUUACGCUCUGCUGGGACAGUAUCAUGAAAUGAAAGAGUACAUCAGGCACAGUCCUGGUAAUUCCCGGAGAGGCUUUGGCAUCGACUGUGCUAUCUUAUCCUGCCAGGUGUACAUCAGUCAGAUCUUGGUGGCCUCAGCUCUGGGUGCUGUAGUUGAGGCUGUUGGCAGCGUUCGUGUCAUUCCCAUGGUGGCCUCUGGGGGCUCCCUCCUCGGAUUCUUCACCGCCCUCUUCCUGGUCAUUUACCCGACUCCAAACAGCGGGGAUGGGGAAUCAGCCAAAGCUUCAAAACGGUCCUUGACAAAACUGGAAAAUCACAACAGCAAUGAAGUGGCUGUUACAGUGGUGACAGAGAAACCCAGCUUCCUGAAACUCAACAAGAAGGGCAAGGCCACUACCACCACCACCGCUUCCUGUCACACGGAGAAUGAGUCAGCUCUGUGAUUGGCUGGCUUAAGCCGACAGACACGCUGCUGCAGAAACAACAAAAUUCACUUCCGAAAUGGCCGCAAAUGGAAAGACUUUGGGAUAUCGGUGUGCGUUGAUCCACGCUUGGUGUCUCUUCUUGCUACGACAGGCUUUUUCUUGAUUUGCUGAAGAAAACAAUCAAUCUGACGUGGGACCAGUGUCACACCAGGCCAACAAAGCAUUCUGGUCCCAGUGCUGUUUCGACCAUCACAGAAAUUCUUUACACUCAGCCCUCACAAACAUUUCACUGAUCCGUCAGGGUUGUCCAGGGGUGGUUUAAAGGAGAAGUUGUCUCUCAGGAACUAUAGGAGGUGCUACUGAGCAGCCGCCUGGACACGAAACUUCAGGGGACUUGCACACAUACAUACACACAAACACAGCUCGUGAUCAGUGGUCCACACAAUAGAAUGAAUACGUGAAGACUAAAAAUCGUUGAUGAACAUUAGUCCUUGAAGCUGCAAUCAUUCAAAAAUGCUGAAAAUUGUUCUUCCUCGCUGCUGAAAUGGCUUGAUUGAAUCUGCUGGGAUGAUGCCGACGAGAUCGACAAGAGUGUUUGUGUGUGUGUUUCUGCUGACGUUUCACCAAAAUAAACCCAAUAACACGCUCGAAUUUGCGGGACUUUUUUCAGCACUGUGCGACAGUAGCUUUAAGACUGUAGAGACUUCUGCAAGUGGCAUUUCUGAAACUUAAGAGCCCAAAGCCUGGUUCUUGGUUCUUGAAAAAUGACUCUUUAAUCCCAGGAUUGAUUGCAAGUGUGUGUGUUUUUGCCCUCCUCCACAGGGCAGGCUCAAAAAUACAGAUGUGUAUUGAGUGGAAUUCCAGGAAGAGCGCAGAUGCAAUAUGUGCAGUAUACUGGGCAUUACCAUCCCAAAUAUUAUUGUCAUGUUUUUUCUGAGGGCCCAGAAUGAUUCUUCUGUCUGUUUUAAAUAAUCUAGUCUGACCUACAUGCUGCAUGAUAGAGGAGCAGAGAAGAGACAAACCAAACACCAGAGAAAAAAAAGGAGAGAGUUGUGGAUCUGCUCUCUCUCUCUCUCUCUACUUUCUUGCUUCAGAAUUGUUUUGUUUUGAAAAUGCUGUUAGCACAAUGUUUGUCACUAACUGCACAUUAGCUGAGCCAUUGUUUGAAAUUGUGUUAAAUAGCAUCCAGUAAGAAAAGCCUAUUUUGAAGUCCUCUUGGGUUGUUGGACGCUUCUGUCUUAGGACACCAGCAGGACGCUCCAGUAACUCUACCAGUAAUCGCCAGAAUCUGGAAUCGGACCCAAGAAUAUUAGAAUGGGUCCUGGAUAUAUUAAAAGAAAAAAUAAGUGGUGUUAGAGAGGCAAAAUAAUAGUUCAGGCUUGUUAUGUGAGCCUCGGCAGAGGAUUUUUGCUCCUGUUCUAGGUGUCUUGGUUCCACUGUACUGGGCCAAAUAUAAGUAUAAUAUAGUAUUUUAGAUAAUAUCUGUGUGUUGUACGCUGAAAGGAUAUUUAGAAGAGGAUAGAGGGAGGACUGGAGUACUGGAGGAAUGUGAAAAUAUUCAGGAUACAGACAUGAAAGUGCUUUAGAUCUUCUCAUAAAUGUAUUCUUAAAAUGCCAAACUGUUCUUUUAAAUGAAUAAGCAAAAUUUUAAUACUUAAAGAUUUGGAAAUACAUGUCUUAACUUGAUCCAAAAUAAGACCAUGGAGGCAGAUUUAAAAUUGUCUGCAGAUUUAAAAUUGAGUAAAAUCUAAUUUCUGCUCUUGAAAACUACAACUUUACCGAUUGCCUCCUGAAAAACUACAAAAUAUCCCAGGAAAAAAAAGGUUUACCAUCAAAAGCCAGCCUGGCAAAUAAAACCCAUGAAAGUUGUAUACAUCAAAACUAAACUUUUAUUAAUACUGAAUGAUAUUGAUUGUAGACCGAAAAGGUAUAGUAAUCUUGGAAUGUUGUAAUAGCUGAUAAUGCUGGAUGUUUAAAAAAAAAAAAAACUUGUAGGAAGAAUGAAAAAAGCCGAAAGAUUAUUGUGUAUUUUGCUUUCUGACAAAUCAGAUCUUUUGUUGCAAUAAUAGCCUUUGUUAAUCAGCUGGGAAGAGGACUGUGUGCGGGUGGUGGUGACAUUCUGAAUCUGUCAGGGUGAAAGGCUGUGGAUUUGGGUCAGUCGUCCUUUUAGCUCAAUCAGCUAAAACAUGCAAAUUGAAAGGAUUCAAAAUGUAAACUGCAGUGACUUCAUUUACUGAACAUUUUAUUUUUGGUGUGUAUUAGAGCAUUUAACAGAGAAGACUAUUUAUAUUUUUGGUUUUAGAAGAGAAUUCACUCACUGAUGAUGUGGUUAUUAUUUUUAUUCACUUGUAGGUGUGCUGGUGCAGAGUUUAAUCCUGUUUCUAACAGAAUAGAUUCCUUCCAUAAUUUCAGGUACAUUCAUUCAGUCCCAGAGCAGAGUAGAGAGAGAGAGUGUUUUUCUUCCUCGGUUGAGCCUGCUCUGACUGUGGUGCUGGGAUAAAACAAAGCAGGGAUGGGACAAUGACAAAAGACGAGGGGAUACAGAUGCCAGAGUUCUGAAUGGCUUCUGUAACCACUAGGGCAAUAAAAUAGUCUGAAUUAAAUAAUGGACACAUAACGUCAGUUUAAUGACAAACAUGAAGAUUAAAAAAAAAAGCUUUGGGGUUUGGGGAGGUUUGCAUGUGACAACAGCAAUAUGCAUGUGUGGAACACCAAAGUAUGACUAUGUACAAAUCACUCAAGCUCUUUGUUGUCCUAAUAGGUCAGGGAUGUAUUUUCUAAUGCAUGGCUGGAUGUUUGUGUCUUUUGUUUGAACUUAAAUGUGUAAAAGAAAAACCAACAUGUACUAUUUAAGCUGAAUCAUUGUGCUCGGUCUGGGUCAGUACACGCUCAACAAGCAUGUGACUUUCUAAAGUUUAUUGCACAUUUAUGAGUUAAGUUUGAGACGGCACACAUCUCGUUGCUGUUUAACACAAUGUGCAUGUGGACUGAUGACGAGAUUUGUGUCGUCUUCCCGAGCAACACUCCUUGUUAAAAGUGUAGGUGAGAAACUCUAGGCCUCGAAUACUUGAAGUGCAACUUGUUUCUUUUUCAAUACAGUGGGAAGUCUUUGAUUUUUUUUCUCUUUUUUCUUAAUGUCCCAAGCCUUUUAUUUACCGCAGACUCUGGAAUGUUCAGACAGCAGCAUAGCCUGCUGGGAGAUUGAGUUCUUACCUUUGAUUCCAUCUUGUGACUUAAUUGUUCAAAACAAGGUGAAUGAAUGUGAAGUGAUUUCAGCCGAAAUAAUUUUAGUUUUGAUGUUCGACAAGCCUGACAUUGCACAGAACUUGCACAUAAUAAGUUAAGAAAAAACAGAAACGGUAGAAGUGGUUUGCAAAAGGAAGAAAGAAACUGUUGAUAUUUAUUUUUUAGAGCUUUCGUGUCCGUUAAGGACACAUUUCACUUAGUUUCCAAAAUCAGUUAAAGCUAUUCUAAUUGCUGUUACGGGAGAUGUUACAGAGGCGGACUGGAUUGUUUGUGUGUGUGCGUGCGUGUGUGUGUGUGUGUGCAGUCGUCUUCAGCUGCUCACAUGUAAAGUGAGAGGCAAGAGUGUGUUAAAAAUGUCAUCUCAGUGUUUGUUUUUGGGUUCAUGUUCUCUGUUCUUUGUAAUCACCUGGUUUACACUUAACUCUGGAAUCGUUGGCUGUAAAACCGUAGGUUAUUUACGAGUCUUUAUUUUCUCUGUUCUGGUGUUUUAACUCAACUAGAAAAUGUCUACUUUGUAUUUUAAAGGCAGAGUCACACACAAGAGUUUGGCCUUUUGCACUUUUUCAGUGGCAGCCAUGCGGGCUCCACGGUUCCUGAUCAUUGAAUGAAUGUGGCGACGUGGUGAUGCUGUUUCAUGUUCCCAGCAGCUGUCGG